CGCUCGACAACAUGAAUCCGCCUUAAAACCAUAUCAAGCCACCUCCCCCGCGCACCUUCCUUGGAGUUCAGCUUUCUCUUUCCUCCUACAUCAUGGCGUCGGACGGCCAAUCCGAACUUUUGAGGCUCGCCCAAGAAGUCCACAACCUCACCUCCUCCCUCGUCACCCAUCUUUCCCAAUCCAACCUCCCCGAACCCAACUUCACGCCCUCCUCCCCCGAAAUCCCCCACUCGUCGACCUACAAAGCGCUCCGUGCCCAGCUAAACGACGCCGCCUCUGACCUUCUCCUGCUCGUGAACGGCCCGCGCAUCGAAGCCUGCAGAUUCGUGUGCUCGCACAACGACCUCGGAGCCUACCAGCUCGCCUUCGAGUUCGACCUCAUCCGCAAGAUCCCCCAGGAAGGCAGUAUCAGCCUGGCCGAACUGUCCGGGCAAACCGGGGUCGAUGAAGAUCGCCUUGGACGCAUCCUACAUCUGCUGUGCAGCAGGCGGCUGUUCGCGGAGCCGGAACCUAACCGCUUCGCGCACACGAGCAUGACGGUUAUCUACGCGCGCGACGAGAAUGUCAGAGCUGCAGGGGCGUACCAGUUGGACGAGCAGAUGAAGGGCUCGGUGGAAGCGGCGCGGAGUUUUCAGGAGGGGGCGAAGAGUGCGUUUGAGCAGAGGCAUGGCGGGCCGAUGUUUGAGUAUUAUCAGAGGUUUCCUGAGAAGGGGGCGAGGUUUGCUUCGGCUAUGAGGGGGAUUAGCAAGUUGCAUAGGCAGAUCACUGAGCUGGAGAAUGGGUAUGCGUGGGGUGAUUUGAAGGACAAGAAGUUGGUUGAUAUAGGCGGAGGUAGUGGGCAUGUGAGCAUUGCGCUUGCGCGGGCCUUCCCCAACCUGCACGUCGUGGUACAAGACAGCAACGCCGCCAUGCUCCAGCAAGCCCAAGCCACCCAAGACCUCAGCGACAUCAAGUCCCGCAUCUCCUUCGCCGAGUACGACUUCUUCACGCCCCAGCCCAUCGCCAACGCAGGCGCGUAUCUCCUGCGCCAGGUGCUCCACAACUGGGGCGGCGACGACUGCGUCCGCAUCCUCCAAUCCAUUAUACCAGCCCUGGAGAAAAGCGCCCCGGGCACGCCGCUCCUUAUCAACGAUAGCAUUAUCCCCGCGCCGGGCACGACGACGCGGUUUGAGGAGCAUGUUAUUAGGCAGAUUGAUGUGUUGAUGAUGUUUUCGCUCGGGGCGAAACAACGGACUGAGGCGGAGUUCCGGCGGUUGCUGGAGAGAGCGGAUUCGAGGUUUGAGAUUGUGAGAGUCCAUAUGGGGCCGAUGGCUUUGCUCGAAGUCCAUCUCAAGACAUAGGGCAGGCCGGUAGUAAUGUGUGAACAGCUGAAUGGCGAUGGUUCUGCUCUCUGUGGGGGUUGUAGAGUGGCUGCGGCACUACGCGUAAUAGAAGACCUAGGUCGGACUCACAAAUUCGUCCGCAGACAGCUCUAUCCUACAGGGGACGAAAUUGUUCUCAUUCUCAUUCUCAUAACACUGGGUUGGGUUUCCAGUCAGGAUCCGUCUUCAGCGACUCUGCAGUCUCC